GCCGUUGGGGAAUCAAAACGUGCUAACGAUUCGGUGGAACAGCAAUUGAAAGAGAUAAAGAAGCUCAAGUUCAGCGAACCCCACAAGUUCCAAAGGAAAGUUAACGAAGACCAGUAUAAGUUCAACCUUAAAUUGACUGAAACGACUGACAACGCAAAGUAAAGAACGAAUUGGAAGAAGGUGAGAGGUUAAUUCUAGAAAGCCCAGAUUCAUGUUGUUCUUCCGAUUUUCCUAGUCAGCCCACAGCACGAGGAAGGCUUAAAAACUGCAUUGAAAAUGGCUGUUCUUUUAGUGUUUCACAGUCUAUUCUGAAUGUCAACAGCGAAGGUUACAAGAUUCCUUUUUUUGAAAUUCCUACACCUUUUAUCAAGCCUUACAAGACUUAA